GCAGACUCCUGGCGCCAGAGCAGAGGCCGACCCUUGGCAGGAUGCUGCUAAGGAAGUGAAACUCUGAAGUUAUUCCUGAAUCUCAACCCUGAAUCAAAGGAACCAGAGGGCCUGCCAGUUCUUCCUCUACCUCCCUUUCCAUGAGCAAACCAUGGCUUUGAGUGAUGUUGAUGUGCAGAAGCAGAUUAAGCACAUGAUGGCUUUCAUUGAGCAGGAAGCCAACGAGAAGGCAGAAGAAAUAGAUGCCAAGUCUGAGGAAGAGUUCAACAUUGAGAAAGGACGUCUUGUGCAAACCCAACGACUGAAGAUUAUGGAGUAUUAUCAGAAAAAGGAGAAGCAGAUAGAGCAGCAGAAGAAGAUCCAGAUGUCCACCAUGAGGAAUCAGGCACGGCUGAAAGUCCUGAGAGCCCGAGAUGACCUCAUCUCAGAGCUGCUGAAUGAUGCAAGGCUGAGACUCAGAAGGAUUGUGGCAGACCCAGAAACCUACCAGCGGCUGCUGGAUAAACUAGUGCUUCAGGGACUGCUCCGACUGCUAGAGCCUGUGGUAAUUGUACGCUGCCGGCCACAGGACCUCCUCCUGGUGGAGGCUGCAGUCCAAAAAGCCAUCCCUGAAUACAUGAUGGUCUCCCAAAAAUGUGUGGAAGUCCAAGUGGAUCAAGAGGUGCACCUGGCUACCAAUGCAGCUGGAGGAGUGGAGAUCUACAGCGGCAAUCAGAGAAUAAAGGUUUCUAAUACCCUAGAAAGCCGACUGGAUCUCUUAGCUCAGCAAAAGAUGCCUGAAAUAAGAAAGGCUUUGUUUGGAGCCAAUGCCAACAGAAAGUUUUUUGUAUAAGCCUCGAGAAGGGAAGCUCAUGUAGAGUUGUCAAGCCGUAAAAGCCUAAGUUAUUAGGGCAAAGGAAACUAGUAAUGUUUCCUGCCUUUUGUUGCUUUGAUAGGAUUCUACCUACUUUCACAAAAUACCCUUUGAAUGGCUAACAGCAUUACAUUUUGGAAUAAAACCUGAAAGGGCUUGGAAAUCUACUUUUGGUUUAUCCACACAUACUACAUCUUCUGGUCAAUUCAGUGGUCAAGGUCAAAGGGAAUAAAGAUACUUGCUUUGUA